GAAAAACUGCAACAAAUAAACUCUGGAACAUCUAAAAGCAAGGGGAAAAUAUGGAUGACUUACAAUCCUCAUCCAUUUCCUCUUCUGAAUGAAAUCUUUUCAGUAUGUCCAACAUCUUGUUUUUGGUCUUUUCAUCAGGCUGCAUUUGCUGAAGCUCUUGAACUACAUUUUCUUUCAUGAAAGAUUCAGUGCAACGGAGACUAUGAACUUUGUAACAUUGGAGGGAGCAGUAUCGCGAAUUGCAUCGAGGACACGUGUACUGAGAAAACUGCUUCUGGCAUCUAACAUACACGUGGCAGAUUAUCCGAAUAGGGUUCGGCGAAGGAGUAGAAGAUUUGGCAGAGGUAACUAUAUUAUCAGCCAUGUCCGGAAGGGUGUUUUGAUGUUUCAGAAUAUUCAGGAAAUGUUGGACUCAAUUGAAAUCGAACGCAUAGGUUUCACUCGGUUAUGAUCAGAAUCUGCAAGCAGAAGUAAAAG